AUGGCCUCAGAACACGGUCCUGUAUCUGCCGCUCCUAUCGCAACCGCGGCGCUGUCCCCCACAUUGACCUCCACAACCACCCUCAGCCUUCCAGAUCCUGAUACGGGUCGACUCAGAUCUCUGAAGAGGAGCCGCCCGGACCAGUCCCAGAACCCCGCAAAUCUGACCUCGAUCGCCAGCGCCGGCUUGGGCGCCUCACCUUCACCUAAAUCACCACGGUUAAAGGGCGCGUUCUCCGGAUUCUCCCCUUCACCACUCACUGGCGCAGCAGCAUUGGCCGACGAACAAAGGGAGAAGGAAGAGAUGGCGACGGGCCAACUCGCUGCAAUGAGUGAAAACCCAGGACACAAGGCGCUGUCAUCACUGAUGGCUUCAGGUGGCGCUCCGAUGAGCAGAUCUCAGGACGCCCCCAGUGCUACAACGGCUACGAGCGAUGGGAUGUCGGCUGCAUCGAACGCCAUCUCCAAUCCGAAUACAACUCAAUCGGACGACAAGCCCGACAUGAGUCCCGAAAGCGUGACCAGCCAUGCAAGCCUAGGGGGUCCCGCGCAGACCGCGACUGCAAGCCCGACAAUUGUUGCGAGUCCGACCGCGAUGACGGCCGCCGAUGCCGACAUUCGAGACUCACGAUCGGGUGUCUCCAGUCAGCUACAGGCUCCCAUCGAAGAUUAUCCAUCGCAUCGUGGGGCCCUCUCUUACCCGGGCAACGUCCUCGCUCCAUCGGAUCCGACGAGAGAUCCCGCAAGGUUCCCCGCGCGGGGUUUGAGCCUCCCUGUGCCCGGUCAGAACCAGGCUCUUGCACCGAGAUCCCCUACACAGAAGAAGUAUAAAUGCCAAUAUUGCGAAACCGAAUUUACGCGUCAUCACAACCUCAAGAGCCAUCUGUUGACCCAUAGCCAAGAAAAGCCAUACGUUUGUCAGACAUGUUCGAUGCGGUUUCGCCGAUUGCACGAUCUAAAGCGCCAUAUGAAGUUACACACGGGAGAACGCCCACACAUCUGUCCAAAAUGUGAUCGUAAAUUCGCACGAGGAGAUGCCCUUGCCCGCCACGCCAAGGGCCAGGGUGGUUGUGCAGGUAGACGAGCUAGCAUGGGAAGUUUCGCUGGCGAUGAUGAUUACGAGGGUUCACAAGCCGGAGAAGGUGAUGAUAGCGGAAUGGAUGGUGUCAUGUAUACCAACGGGACGCCCCAUCUAAACGAUGCUGAGAUGACGGAAGAAGACCGUCGACGGUAUAGUCUGCCAGCUAUCAAAGCACAGCACUUAGCCGGGUCGCAAGAUAAUUACAAUCCGCGAAGUCCUAGCACAUACCCUCCUGCGGGCCCACGGUCAGUCCAGCAAGUACAAUCCACUGGAGGUUUGUAUCCACCUAAUACGGACCGAGGCGGCGGCUCGCCCGGUCCCGGUACCUCCCCAAACGUGCAGAAUAGCAAUAUUGGUGGGGGCCUGUCAUCUAUGGGUCUUAGCAAUGGAGGCAACUCAAUGUAUCCGCAAAGUGGUGGUAUUACAGAGAGUCCUAAGCCACUCAGCCCAGCCGGCAUGAUUUCUCACCAACUUGGUCAAGAUCCUUCUAUCAACAGACAAAGAUCGCCUACGCUGAACACCCAAUUUCAGCAACAGCAUUUCAGCCGGCGACAGUCAGACAGAGCAUCACCUACGGGCAUGUCACUUCCAUCGCCACACUCACAAGGUCCUAAGCUUCCUGCUAUUGCUGGUCUAGCGCCUCCCGAGCAGAGUGCCCCUGUUGGCCCUCCGCAUCAGCAAGGAGGUGGAAGUGCCGAUGGUAGCAACAACCUGUUCGCAGCUGGCGAGAGAGGAGUCUGGGCCUAUGUCCAAACAUUGGAGGACAAGGUGAAGCAGUUGUCAGACAAGGUUCAGGCGAUGGAGGCCGAGAAGGUCAACCACCGAGAACAAGUUGCAAGCCAACAAGAUCAGAUCAAUCGGCUUUCGGAUGAAGUCUUCUCCCUACGCGGCCAACUCAGUACCCAGAACCAGUCUCAACAGGCGUCUGCGUCUGGGCAUUCGUAA